CUUCCCUUUACAUCAUUCAUUUCAAUUCUCACAUUUCAGGAAUUUUUUUUAAUGUUUUCGUUAACUUCGCAAUCGAAUAUUCAAUUUCUUCGAGAUUUCAGCUUGCUUCUGGUUUGAAUUCGUUUGGACAUUCACAGUUGGAUCACUUCAUUGAUUUCUUCGGUUUGAUUUUUGAGAUUUCUGGGUUGAGGAAUGGGUAUUAUACAGAGAUAGUUUUGGGUUUGGGAUUUGAUGAUUGGGUUAUUGUUUUGUUACACACAAGAGUUUGUGUUUGAAAAUACUUAUGCAACAUAAUAAACAAUAACCUACAUGAUAUAUUAUUUAAUCAUAUAAUAGUACUUGUAAAAUAUAAAAUUUUGAUUCCACCACUACCUGCUACGUUCUACUGCUUUGCUAAGGAAAUUGCUAGGGAAAUGCUAUGUUGUUGUACAAGUAUAACGCAUUAUGUUCACCAUCUCUGCGCACUCACUAGUAAAGCAACGAAACUUCCAGUGUGAAAAGUUGAAAACUGAAAUCUUCAGAAUUUAUAAAUAGCAAUACUUCCUCAUGAACAACUCUACCAGUCUACCACUCACUCAUUACUUAUUAGUAACAACCAAUAGUCCUUUCUUUUGCUUACUUCCAUUUCUUGUUUUCCCAUCACUUUAUUGUGAAAAACCUCCAAUGGUUGAUAUUGGAAUCUCGGUUGCAGCAAAACUCAUAGAAGCUAUUGGGUGUGAGCCCAUCAAAAAUAUUUGUGACGUGUGGGGUUACCAAUCUCAACUUGAAGAGCUCAAAGAAAAUGUCUCAACCAUACAGAAAGUGCUCCUUGAUGCAGAGGCCAAGCGGGAGCUGUCGAACGAAGAACGCAACUUCGUCGAGAAGCUCAAGGAUGUUGUUUAUGAUGCUGAUGAUCUAUUUGAUGAGCUUCUCACACUUGCUGAGCUCGAGCAAUUUAAACCACAAAGCAAGCGCGGUAAGUUCUUUGAAAAGGUACGUUGCUUCUUUUCUUCUAAGAACCAGGCGGGUCAAGCUUACAGGAUAUCUCGUGAGGUUAAGAACAUUAUGAAGAGGUUAGAUAUUGUUGUUGUUAACCAUAAAAAAUUUGGGUUUGAUGUUGACUACAAACCUAUUACUAGGAGAAGAGAGGAAACAUGUUCUUAUGUUGAUGCAAAGGAUAUCAUUGGGAGGGAGAAGGAUCAGGAGGACAUCUUGAAUAUGUUAAUAGAUCCUAAUGAAAAAGAAGAUGAUGUUCUUGUUGUAUCUAUAGUGGGAGCGGGAGGGUUGGGAAAAACUACUGUCGCCCAGCUUGUGUAUGAUGAUGAAAAUGUAAAAAAAGAGUUUCCAACUAGGAUGUGGGUUUGUGUCUCUGAUGAAGGUGGGGAGAAAUUUGAUGUGAGAGCAAUCCUUUGUAAGAUUCUAGAAUUACUUAGUCAGCACAAAUUUGAUUGUACCUCCUCCAUGGAAUUGAUCUAUAAUCGAAUUCGAGAGAAAUUAGGAGGAAAUAAGUACUUACUUGUCCUUGAUGAUGUAUGGAAUGAAGAUCGUGAGCAAUGGCUUAAUUUGCAAAAGUUCUUAAUGUUGGAUUGUGGGGGGAGUAGGAUUGUUGUAACCACACGUUCCAAAAGGACAGUAGAUAUCAUAGGAAGCAAACAUGUCCAUGAGUUGAAAGGUUUGUCCAAGAAAAGUUCACAACAACUCUUUGAGUUGAUGUCUUUCAACAAAGGACAUGAAACUGAACACUAUCAUGAAUUGGUUAAGAUUGGGGAAACUAUUGUUGAUAAAUGUCAUGGAAGUCCUCUUGCUAUAAGGGUGGUAGGAAGUUUAUUAUUUGGUCAAGACAUAAGUAAGUGGCGGUUAUUUGAAGACAUUGGAUUAGCAAACAUUACUAAUGGUGACAAUGCUAUUAUGUCCGUAUUAAAACUUAGUUACCAUAAUCUUGCACCCUCAUUGAAGACUUGCUUUAGUUAUUGCGCAGUGUUUCCUAAGGACUUUACAAUCAAUAAGGAGAAGCUUAUUAGCCUUUGGAUAGCCCAUGGAUUUAUUGUGCCGUUGGAAAGAGGCCAAAGUAUAGAAGACGCCGCUGAGGAACAUUUUUUAAUUUUAUUGCGAAGAUGUUUGUUUGAAGAAGUGAGCAAUGAGUCUGAUGAACAUAUUAAAAUGCAUGAUUUGGUGCAUGAUGUUGCUCAUGAAGUGGCAAGUGGGGAAAUUUGUGUGGUGAACUCUAUUACAGACAACUUGGAUGAUAAAGUUCGUCAUGUGCGUUAUCUUGGUGAUAGAUGUCCACAAAUUAGCUUUUUUAGUAGUAGUAAGAUCCGUUCGUUUUUUUAUUUUUGUGAGCAAAGACCUUUUGUGGUGGAUAUUCGUCAUAUAGAAAAGUGGAUGUGCCUCAGGGUGUUAAAAUUGUCUUCUUUAGGGAUAAUAAGUUUGUCAAAUUCUAUAGGUAAGCUAUUGCACUUAAGAUAUCUUGACAUGUCUUGUAAUGGAAGCCUUAUGAAGCUCCCCAACGGGAUUACAAAACUAUAUAAUCUGCAAACAUUGCUUUUAAAUGAUUGCAGUAGUUUGAGUGAGUUGCCAAAAGAUUUUUGUCGACUAGUUAAACUUAGACACUUGGAUUUAGCUCGUUGUUAUAAGUUAACCUGUAUGCCUUCAGGCAUGCAUAAGCUGACUAGUCUUAAAGUGCUACCAUACUUCGUGGUAGAACAAAGUGAGCAUGACGAGCUCAAAUCCUUAAAAGGUCUCACUGGCAUAACAGGAAAUCUUAGUAUCAGAAUUGGUGUCAAUUAUAGAAGAGUGGAAGAGAUGAAUGACACGAGUGGUGGGUAUUUGAAGAGCAUGAAACAUCUGGCGGAAGUAGACCUCUCAUUUCAAAAUUACCCAGAUAAAUGUGUUAAUAAAAAUGAUGAAGCUGCAUUGGAAACUUUGGAGCCGCAUCCAAAUCUCAAGACGUUACACAUGUGGUGGUAUGGGGGUACAAAAAUUCCAAGGUGGGGAAGAGCAGUGGAUGAUUGGGCAAGCUCUCUCUCACAGCUUGUCUAUAUCAACUUUAACGGAUGUUCAAAUUUGCAAGAGAUGCCUGUACUGAGUAGACUUCCAUAUCUGGAGACACUGUAUCUUCGAUAUAUGGAUAAGUUGGAGUAUAUGGAGACAAACAGAAGCACUAGCAAUAUAGAAUCAGAAACAAUCUUCAAAUCUCUUCGAUCUCUUCAAUUAUGUGCUAUACCAAAGUUGAAAGGAUGGUGGAAAGGGGAGCGAUCGAGAUCGGGGGCCGAUGAUCAGACGAGAUUGAUAUUUCCAUGUCUCUCUGAAUUGCAGAUCCUGGAAUGCCCUAAUUUGACGUCGUUUCUUCUCUGUCCAAGCCUUGAAGAGUUGGUAUUAGAAAACAACAAUGAAAGGUUGCAAAUUAUAGUAAAAAACACAGGUAAAGAAGAAGAUGGCGUUAAAUUACGUGACCUGGAAAUAGACAAUGUGGGUUACCUCAAAUCACUUACCACAAAUUGUCUUACUCGCCUUUCCAUUGACGGAUCGAGCAUCUCUGAAGACGAGAAAGUGGACGACGAGAACAACAUUCUUUGGAAAUCCUUUCCUCAAAGCCUGUGCUAUGUCAAAUUCAAAUCCUUUAAAAAUAUGACAAGUCUGCCCAAGGUUAUUCAGUGCAUGACCUCCCUCCAAACCCUUCAACUUGUUUUUUGUGCUAAAUUGGAAGCCUUACCAGAAUGGAUAAGCUGCUUAUCAUCUCUUCAAUCCUUGUUCAUAUGUGCAUGUCCUUCCCUCAAAUCACUUCCAGAGGCAAUGCGGAACCUCAUCUCCCUUCAGACCCUUAGGAUAGUAAGAUGUCCAGAUCUAAAUCAAAGAUGCGAAGAACCCAACGGGGAGGACUACCCUAAAAUUCAACACAUCCCCAUGAUACAUUUAACUUGAGGUAUAAACGGGUUGGAAUGUGGAACUACAAAGCUCUUGAAGGGUUGGAAUGAAGAAAUAAUUGACAGCUAAAACAAGGGAGAUGGACUUCACUACUGAACAAUGGAGAUAGUGAUCACCAUCUUGGUCUUUGACAUUCGAACGAUACUUGCAAUACUGUUCUUUUGAAGUUCAAGACCAAAAGGAAAUUAUCAAUUCAGCAGAGUUAGAAAGGCUAGCUAAAGGCGUUGCAAAACAGUCUCGGUUUGUUACUGCAUAUGUUUGGAUCCCUUUUUUGCAGCUUCAUUUCUGCGAAAACCUUUCAUUCUGAUCUCUCAUUAUUUCUUUUAGUUGAUGAGCAAGUAGCAAUUUUCAUUUUUUUUUUCGUGCUCAACUAGUUAGAAACAUCGUGUUAGAUCAAGUCUCUUGUUUAGUACUGAAUCUAUGACACAGGUUCUUAUUGUAUGUGCAAGACCUUGCAUAUGAAGGGUCUCUUCAGCAAUCCUUUCUAAAAGGUUGGAAUGAAGAUGAUACUGAUGCAAUAUAUGGGCAUAGCUUUUGCGUU